GGGAUUUCUCACAAGACUGGAGCCUAUGUUAAAAAGCCAGACAACCACGCUAAGGUAUGUGACGAGGUGAAUUUCCUCGGUUAUGUCUUAUUAACAGCCCUGGAGUCCAUACAAUUGUGGGGUAGUUCCCAGUCUGUACAAGCAGCGAAAAGCUUGUUAUCAGCACUAUUCAAACGCCACGAAGAAGUGCUAGUCUCUCGACAGCAGCAUGCCUGGGUUAAAGUCAAGCCAACAAAGUCCGAGGUGGAUGAUUAUGAAAGUGAAAUUAUUUCCCCAAAGAAGGCCGAUUCCCUCAUUGAAAUGCUAAGAAAUCCGCCCAUUCCUGGUUCCGGGAGCCGCCACCGAAUGGCCUUUCUUUGGCCAGUCGGCGAAAUUCCUAUUGGCGAAGUCCUGGGUGCUGAUCUGGAGGGACUUGAUUUCCUUCGAUCGCAAUACAAAUGUUUUAUUUACCUGUCAGACGGGAAUACAAACGUGAUUUGUGUUUCCAGCUCUGAUCAGGAGACGCUUCAACUAGCGAUUGGUCAGCUGGAGGAAAAGUGCCACGAGCUGAUAGUGACGUCAACCUCGAAGAACAAGCUCUAUCUGGUAGAUUUACCAAGCGACGAAAAAAGAGUGGAAGCGAUUACAAUCAUGAGAAACAAAGAGUUGGUAAAGCCGUGUUUUGUGAUCAAACCAUCUGACGACUCCCAUAAUGAGGACGUACUGAUUUGGGAAGACACAUCAUCAUCAGACAACGAUACGCGUUUACUGUCCGCAAUCAAGCGAUCACUUUGCUGCGUACCUUUUAUUAGCGGCACUUUGAGUAUGCGUGUAAGCUUAGGAACGUUCAUAUUCGAACAUUUUCGUGCGCCUAAAAAUCCUGACGAGGGAUAUUCUGUUGAUGAAUUCAAAGAAAUGGUUUCGAAUGAAAGGAUGAAAGGUCGACUUCUACCUGGUCUCAAGAUCACCAAAGACACACUAAUAGGCGAAGAGGCUAGUCGGUUAUUUCAAUUGGCAGGCAGGCAGCCUUUUUCUUUCACGGGAGGAUUGGUGAAGCACAUGGUGACCGUGGAAUUCGACGCCAUAAACAAUGAUAAGCUGAAAUUGGAAAUUGAAUUCAAAGCAGUGGGACCACGUUAUGAGAGAAUAGCAUCUCGAUGGGUAGAGUGUCCAGCGAAAGGGAAGUUCGUUGAGGAGAGAUCAUUAUUACAAGCGAUCAUACUCGACACUCUAAAUGCAGAUUGGCAGCUUGAAAUCAAAGAGAACAAGACACUUGCUGCAUCUCAGAUAAACAACGCCAUGGAAGAGUUUGACCAUUCACUGCGGCUCAGACAAGGUCUAAUCCAUGAAUCUCUCAUGACAAAGCCUAAACGCCGUACAAUCUUACCUGGCGGCUUCCCAAUUCGUCGACUUAUUGAAAAGGCAGCUAUCCAGUUACCUAUCAUAGGAACUGACUACGUUCUAGAGAUAGCACGAUAUGAUACCUACGAGAAAGGGGUUGCCCAGACUAUCAGUGACGUGGGACCUUCUUCAUUUUCUUGGGGGGGGGCCUUGUUUGGGAUAAAUUGGGACCAGGACUUGAAAAGACUUGCUGAAAAGAAGCAAAUCCAGCAAAUGGGCUACUACUCCAUCCUUGAUCCCUUUUUUAAUCAAAAUGCCAAGGAUGGAAGCAAAGCUGGCUUCCAGGGUUUCAUUAGUGUAGUCAAGGAUGUGUCACGACUUCUCGGUAAAAACGAAUGAGUUUCGACAAAUUCUGGAUCUGAAUUAUGCUAUGGGCUCGUGUCUCUGAAGAGGUCAAGGAUCCUUGAUUAAUCCUCCUAGACUGACACGUCUACACCACCUUCACUUCAUCCGACCUCAAAUCAUUCAAUGUCUUUACCAAUGAAAUAGUAUUUUCUCGUUGACAUUGAUAACAACACCUUGAUGGAAAAAAACCGCACGUUUGCCAUUCUUCAUCCGUAGGGAAAACUAAUUCAUACCCAACUUUAGGAUUCGGCUGGUUAGAUUGUCUAUGAGAAUUUGGAGGAUGCGGUUCUGUUUUGUUCCUUUCCCUUGAUUCAACGCCAAGUUUGAUGAUCGGUUUGUCCGAUUGAUUCCUAGAGCAUGCUAUUAACUAGCGGAGCUUGUGACAGCUUCACCACUCAAAACU